AUAAAGUAUGUUCUCCCUUGUAGCAUUCAUCUACCAAAUCAACCAAAAAAGAACUUAUAACGUCGAUCCGUUGUAUCUUCAUUGAACGGUUCACAAACUAAAUACACACACAGCUAUUCACUGCUUCAUUGUUUCAUGGCACUUCCCAACGUUUUCCCAAACCUCCAAAUUUCUCCUCACUUUCUCGCCCCCCCUCCGUUUUCCCUCGGAUUUUCCCGUACUUUCCCCGCCGCGACUCGAGUACGCAGAAGAGCCUUCCGCGAAUGGCGGGAGUACGAGGAGGCGGUGAAGCGGAAGGACCUCGCCGGAGCCCUGCGGUUCCUCAAGUCCCUCGAAUCGGAACAGCCGCUCGUAAACGGCGGUUCUCCGUCGAGCGAGUCGACUCGGCUCCGGUUCGGCGAGUUGGAGCGGUUCGGGCCGCAGAGGGACUGGGAGGUUCUGGACACGUGUUUGAAUGCUGAUGACAUGAAACUUGUCGCUAACGCUUACAGGUUCCUCAGAGAUAGGGGUUUCUUGCCCAAUUUCGGUAAAUGCAGAAACAUUGUUUUGGAGGGACCGAGGAAAGUGACACCAGAUGUCUUGAGCUCCUCUACUGGUUUGGAAGUGACUAAACUUGCUCCUAAGAAGUGGGGUCUUUCAGAUGGUUCAAGCAUUGUUUUGGUUGCUUUUCUUGGUGGGGUGUCCUUUCUUAUAUCACAAGGAAUUGACCUCAGGCCCAACCUUGCAGUGAUAUUAGGUCUAGCUGCUGCAGAUGCUAUACUUCUGGGUGGUACCUGCUUAGCUCAAAUCUCAAGUUACUGGCCACCAUAUAGGCGUCGGAUUCUUGUUCAUGAAGCUGGACAUCUACUAACAGCUUACCUUAUGGGUUGCCCAAUUCGGGGGGUGAUUUUAGACCCAAUAGUUGCAAUGCAAAUGGGCAUCCAAGGACAGGCAGGGACUCAGUUUUGGGACGAAAAAGUUGCAAAUGACCUUGCUGAAGGCCGACUUGAUGGUACAGCUUUUGACAGGUACUGCAUGGUGCUUUUUGCUGGCAUUGCAGCUGAAGCUCUUGUUUACGGUGAGGCAGAGGGUGGAGAAAAUGAUGAAAAUCUAUUUAGAGGCAUCUGUCUUCUUCUUGAUCCUCCAUUGUCUACAGCUGAGAUGUCCAAUCAAGCAAGAUGGGCAGUUUUGCAAUCUUAUAAUUUGCUCAAGUGGCAUAGAGCUGCACACCGAGCUGCUGUUAAAGCAUUGGAAAGCGGUGACAGUCUGAGUGUUGUAAUUAGGAGUAUCGAGGAGACAAUGUAUUUUAAAAAAUGAGCCUCAGAAGCUUUCAUGAAAGAAACAUUCUCUUUUUUCAAGUUGCUUACAGGGUUCUCGCUAUGUAUCUGAAGUGAAGCUGCUUUUACUCAUCUGUAUGUACUAUAGCAUUAUUAUGCAGAUGGGCCACAUCCGUUACGCCUUGUCUACCAUGAUAGACAGCAAUCAAAGGAAUAAUUUUUGUUUCAACAAGUGACCGUUUUGUUCCCAGAGGCUGGUGCCAACUUGCACAGGACAUGGUUCAAUAAGUCAUAGUAUGACGACUCACUGACUCAGUAGAGACAAAGUCAUUGUGAGAAUGGUGGGUUAUCUUCAGAGUAAUUCUGAGCGUUACACAAGGUUUUGUGUAAUUUUCACCUGGAUUAUUACCCGUGGUAAAUCAAUCACGAGGCUUAGAAAAUGGUUUGUAAAUAAAUUGUAUAAAUUAUUUCUAGAAAUGAGCCAUUUUUGGAUAACUCAGUUUUUAUUUAUUAUUAUUUUUUUAAUUUUUUCUUCUCUGUUCUUAAUGGGAACUCCUGGUCCCAAAUCCAAAGUUCCCAACCUUGCAUUAUUACCCUGUUGUUGAAAAUAUAACCACUGGUUCAAACUCAUGCAUAGUCGUUUGAAAUAAAGCCAUAUGCUAUCACUGUUUGAAAAGUAUUGUA